UGAAUUUAUAUUUCUUUUGUUUGUUUAAUCUGAAUAAAUUUGUAUAUAUUUAAGUUAAAUUUUGGUUGUCUUCGUUUGACAAAAACUUUAUUUUUUAAAACACUUAUGUGUGUUCUCUUCUUAUACGUUGUCAUACGAUCCACACGGCCCUGAUCCCCCAUGCACAUGUAUUUCACAUAUGUUCCGUUGCAGCAAGGGUUGGGGUGGGGAUUGGCGGUAACACAUGAGAGGGGACUUCCAUAAACUGGAGGAACUAAAGGAAAUAGGAGUAAUAUUCAUUCAUAAAGGCGUUCUUGCCGCGACUGGACAAGAAUUUAAAAAGUGUUCGACUGAAUUGAAAAAAAAAAUCAUUUAUAUCAUCAUUUUAAAAUAAAUAUUUAAACAAUGAAUACACGUAAAAAAGAAGAAUCAAAUAAACAGCGAUAUCAAGCUAACGCACGUGAAAGAGAUAGAACUCAUAGGUUCACGAUUCAAGAAAAGCAAUCUUCACUGUGCAGCGUGAAUACAGCUUUCAGCGCAUUGAGAACAUUGAUUCCAACGGAGCCUGCAGAUAGAAAAUUAUCCAAAAUAGAAACUCUCAGAUUAGCGAGUAGUUACAUCAGCCAUUUGGGUGCAGUUCUUGUCGUUGGUGCUAUGGAUCAACCUUGUUUACGACUAGAAGAAAGUAGUCGAGUAUACUCAAUGGAUGAUUGGAAUGAUAUGCAAACUAGACCACAAGUUUGCACUUUCUGUCUCGCUACGCAUAAAAAAUAUAACACGAAUGACAAUUCAGAAAUUCUUUCUGAUUAUCAAAGUCAUAACAUGACACCGUAUAUAUUUGUUCCAGGGAAUUCUGCAAAGUGUAUUGAUUAAAAUUAUAUAGAAAGAUAUACAUAUAUUAAAGAAUAUAUUUCUUGUAAAUUUUUUGUAAAUAUAUUAUUAAAUUUCUUAUAUAUAUACAAUAGUAAAAUUCUAUUACAAGAGUCUAUAAUGGGGCUGGUAUACACACCAUAUAUGAUUUAAUAGUUUAUAUGAUCAGAAGUUUAAACAUUUCAUGCAUUUUUGUAAAAAGUAAUAGAAUAAAAUUUAUAUCUAAUAAACUUAAUAUUUAUUGAA